AAAACACCGGAAGUGAGUGUGCAGGUUGCUGAGGACGUUUCCGGUGGUGGCAAUCCGGUGUUUCUUUCACAUUUUCUGGGUAGCAGGUUUUGGACUCUCGGCAGACAUGAGGGACGUGACCGCAUUUCUACAGCAGCAGCAAAGCCAGAGCUCGUCACCCGAGGUGGCCGGAGUGUGGCACCGAAUGGAGGAACUCUACAAUAAGAAGUUAUGGCAUCAACUGACUCUGCAACUGCUGGACUUUGUGCAAGAUCCUGAGUGCGCUAAAGGAGAUGGACUUAUCAAGCUUUACGAAAACUUUAUCAGUGAUUUUGAGCACAGGAUUAACCCAUUGUCUCUGGUUGAAAUAAUCCUUCAUGUAGUGAGACAAAUGACAGAUCCCACAGUAGCACUUAGUUUUCUAGAAAAGACUCGGGAGAAGGUGAAAAGUAGUGAUGAGGCAGUGAUACUGUGUAGAACCGCAAUUGGAGCUCUGAAAUUGAACAUUGGAGAUUUGCAAGCUACCAAGGAAACCAUUGAAGGUGUAGAGGAGAUGCUUGGAGGACUUGCUGGUGUAACGUCUGUGCACAGCCGCUUUUAUGACCUGUCUAGCAAAUAUUACCAGACCAUAGGAAACCAUGCUUCCUAUUACAAAGAUGCUCUGAGAUUUCUAGGCUGCACAGAACUUAAAGACCUACCAAUAUCAGAACAGCAAGAUAGAGCCUUUACACUUGGCCUAGCUGGAUUACUUGGUGAUGGGGUCUAUAACUUUGGAGAACUGUUGAUGCAUCCAGUCUUGGAGUCGCUGCGUACCUCUGAUCGUAAAUGGCUGAUAGACACACUCUAUGCCUUCAACAGCGGUAAUGUGGAGACAUUCCGAGCCCUGAAAACGGCAUGGGGACAGCAGCCCGACCUUGCUGCCAAUGAAACACUUUUGCUUAAGAAGAUUCAGCUGCUAUGUUUAAUGGAGAUGACGUUUACACGACCUGCGAAUCACCGCCAGCUAACCUUUGAAGAGAUCGCAAAGAGUGCGCAAGUCAACGUUAAUGACGUGGAGAUGCUGGUUAUGAAAGCACUGUCUGUUGGUUUGCUGCGGGGCAGCAUCGAUGAAGUAGACAAGCGAGUACACAUCACAUGGGUCCAGCCUCGGGUUCUUGAUCUCCAACAGAUCAAGGGUAUGAAAGACCGUCUAGAGUUUUGGUGCACAGACGUGAAGAGCAUGGAGAUGUUGGUAGAACACCAAGCCCACGACAUCCUGACGUAGAAUCCAUCCAAUCCAGGACCAGAGAUUGCAACAAUCAUUUCUCUGCCACAGGAAUCUGCUGUAUUGUCAGCACAAUUUGAGAAUUAAAUCAGGACUCAUUUGGGAGCAGUACAGUCCAGUACCUCCGAUAUCUGAGGCGUCUGACAAGCUUCCUGACUCUAUGUAAAGGAUUCAGCCUCUGUUACGUUUUAGGGUUUGUGUCUGCACUGAGAUGGCAAAUAAACUAAUUUCUGUAAAAUUCU